AUGGUUGUUCUCUAAGAAGUCAUCGAGGACGAUGACUAGUUUAAGUGGGGGAGAAUGUCACAACCUGAAGUCAUCGAGGACGAUGACUAUUUUAAGUAGGGGAGAAUAUCACAACCUGAAAGUGGUUGUUCCCCACGGUGGUUGUCCCCCAAAUCUAAAUGAUUUAACAGACCCUCGACUUGCUGCCAAAGAUCGUGCAAAGCGACCGAAUCAAAUGACUGCUGACCUCUUUAGUGAAGAGAACAGAGGCCUUGUGAAUGAUACAUCGGCAGCUGAAGUGAGCUAUGAGAUGAGACGUGAUGGAGUGGAUGCGACGGAGGCGCACACGAGUUGGGGGGGGCUAUGGAGUGUUGGGCUAGAUUGGUGUCGUGUACCCAUUGAUAUGUUUUCUUUACGAACCUUGGUGUUUUUUUGUAUUUCUGGAUUUUCUCAAACUAUCUAUAUCAUGUUCUGUUGUGUGUGCGUCGUGUGAGUAUGUAGUUGUGAUGUAUUUUUAAACAAUUUCGUACUAAAUCUAAACUUUCUUUGUAUGCACAUUUAAAAAAAUUUAAUUCUACUUAAUUUUUACUUAUUUCCAUGUCAAUAAAUAAUGGUCCAUGGCUCGAGUCUCUCGAAAAGCGGGUCGUUACAGAUCGGUAUAAGAGCUUUAGGUUGAUAGGUUCGAUAGACCAUUUAAAGAGUCUUAGAGCCUUCCAUAGCCCAGCUCAACUACGCCCAAGCAAGAACAGUAUAAAUAAUUGAGAUACUUCAGUGAAUUGAACUCAUUGAUUGAGUUUAUGUCAAGUUUUGAAUGUGAAAUAUAUGACGAUAUAUCAAGAGACGUGAUGUAUAAAUCUUAACCUGAGAUUUGUGAAUUGACAUAUAUGG